GCGGCCAUUAAACAAGAAGAAGAACAUAGCGCAUUAGCAAGAGAUGAGUGUAUGACACAUUGAUUAACCUGGUGGAAAAUAAAGUUGCUGGAUCGUCGCUUUUAAAUACAACACACAUAUGUAUUUGGCACGUUUAACAUGUACGAGUGAACAUGUUGUCAUGCACUGUGUUCGAAUUGUGACGGGAUAUAAUUCCAUUUUAUUGGGAGGCAGGGCAGUGGACUCCAGGACUGGAUUUGAAGAACGCCCCAGUAGGAUGACUGUAAAAUGAGUUUUGUGUAGAUUUGCUUUACUUUUUUUUUUUUUUAAUUCUUCUGUCCAAGGCCAUAGGUUGUGUAAACAAUGCUGAAGUGGUUUUCAGCAGAGGAGUCCGGCUCUGCUCAUGGAGCUCCUGGCUCCCCAUCAGUGGACACAGGCACCGAUAUAAGAUUUUCUGAGAUCACUGAGCAGCUGACGCAAAUGCAGGAACUUGUGGCUCAUUUAAAAGAUUUGAUCAGGGAGAGGGAUGCAGCACUCGGCAAUAAAGAUGAACAAGUCAAGGAGCUGACAGAACAAAUGCAACACUUGCGGAGCGAGAGGGAAAACUUUCAGUCAAAACUGGAGGCAGAGCGUCACAUUGCUCGGGCUCGGCUCAGGGAUCUAAUGGAGAAACAUGAGGCUGAGCUCCUAAGGGCUGCUGAUAAACACGAGGCUGAGUUGUCAGAGAAAGAGCAGGCCUUACGCAGACAGCUUGAGACUCUUCAGCGCUCUAUAUCACUACCUGCAGAUGCAUCAGCAAACCAGUCCACCUGCAUCACAGCUCAGAAAGUCACAGAGUUGCAAGCCCAAGUGAAACUGAAAGAAUCUGAGGUCAGUAAAGCAGAGACAAAGUUCUUAAAGAUGAAAGCAUGGUCCAAGUCUCGGAUCAGACAGCUCGAGCAGGAACUCAAAAAAGUUCAGUCUGGAGUAUGUCUUGAUAUGUCCCCUGACAUCACUUCCCUACAUGGUCGCAUUACUGAAUUGCAAGAGGAGAGAGAGGAAAUGCUCAGCAAACUGGAGCUGUAUGAAGAUAUUAAGGCAAAAAAUGAUGAACUGCAGAAGCAGCUCAUGGAAUAUAAGGAACAGCAGAGGAAGAUGCAGGCUGACCUGGAGCAGGUGACCAACAGAGCAGCAUCACAGGUGAGUGAGACAGGCAGCAUGGAUGAUGUGCAGGUGAUGGAGUGGCAAGAAAUGGUUACCAUGGUGACGGAGGCAGAGAGGGUUCAAGAUCAGGGUCACGAGAAGAGCGUCAUGUCCUUCAGAAUGAGCCACGUCGAGGAGGAAAGAGAGGAACUGAUUGAGGAUGACUGGUUGUUUCCUGGCUGCUCCGAUCCAGCAUUAGCCAAUCGGCAACAGGAAGUGGAGGAGGAGUCGUCCCAGGCCCAUGGACUCUGCCCACAGAAAAGCAGGAAGCCCAAAUAUUUCACCCCACACAGCCUGCAGGAAGACUUGGAAUUUCAUAAUAGGCAAGACCCGAUAGGUCCCACUGAUUGCGAUGUGAAUGGAGAGAAUAUGGGUGGAUGGUGGCCACAGCACAGUGCUGCAGAUACAGAUGGUUUGAGGUCUGUUGUUGAGGAGCUUGAACUGGAGAGGAACCAACUGCAGGAGCAGAUUUCGGUCCUUGAGAAACAAUGCCAAGAUCUAGAGGACCGUCUGCAACUUCAGGCUCGCAUUGAAUUACUACAGGCAACGUUUGGUAUAGAUGAAGGUGACACCCUGUCCACAUCUCAGAAUGAGUCUGAGCGCCUGCAGGCACAGGUCGCCAGCCUUCGCAAUCAACAGAUUAAAGAUGCAGAAAAGCAUCAGCUGCUCAUCACCAGUCUGAACAAACAACUACAAGGACUGAGCAGUACACAGGAGUGUCUGGAGUCCUCGCUCAUGGAAAAGGAGCAUACGCUUGCCAGAACCUCAGAGAAACUGGAAUGUAUUGACAGUCUGAGGGAGGCAUUAGAGGCAAAAGAAAAACAACACCAAGACACAGCUGAUAAACUGCUUCAAACUGAACACAAUCUGGCUGAAGUUAAAAAAACAUGCAGCACCUUUGAGAAGGAAAACUCCGAGAUGAAAGCAACUGUUGCAGAGCUGACACUCAAACUUGGUGUGCUGAAAGACAAGACGCAGAAACAAGAGGCAACAAUAGAAUCAUUACAGAGUGAUCUGGUUCAAACAAACGAUGAUCUUGACAGACUGAACACAGCUCAUCUGGAAGAAAGAGCACAGCUGGUUCAUGACUUGCAGAGCUGUGAGCGAGAAAUCGAUAGACUUCAAGAUGUCAUCACUGAUAAGGACAAAGAAAUACUGGCUCUAUCGUCCAGCACGGCAGAAUAUUCAGAGCAAAUCCAUGAAUUAAAACAGGAAAUGAAGCUCAAAGAGGAAGUGCUGACUAAAGUCGAACAGGAUGUUCACAUCUUUAGAGACCCACAGCUUUCUGACCAACAGUUCUUUAAUGUGUUAAUACCUGAGCUGAUUGAACAAUUGAAGAGAACUGAAAGUGAUUUAAAGGUAGCGAAAAAAGAAGGCGAGUCAAAGAGUAGUGAAAUUAAAGACUUCACAAAGCAAACAGAGGAGGAUAAGAAAACAAUUCAGGAUCUCCGCAUGGAAAUACAGAAGCUGAAUAUGAAUCUCAAAGAUGACCUAUUGGAUAGAGAACAAGUGCAUGAAAAAGAAUUCCUCAAAGAGGAACGUAAUAAGUUGCUUGGUGAAAUCAGCAAACAUAAAAGUGAGCUUCUGAUGUUCUCUAGAAAGCUUGAGGAGCAGGUUGAAUGUCAAGAGCAGCUUAAGCAAGAUGUCCAAGACAAGUCAAAGAUAAUAUUUUUAUUAGAGCAGAAGCUGAAGGCUGUUCAAGAGGAGACAGUUGCUGAGAGGGCUAGAUUUAACAAAGAACUCAAGAUUCGAGAUGAAGCCAAAGAAAACCUUGAGAAAGAUUUGUCUGGUAAAAUAGAGAGUUUUGAAUCUGUGAACGAUAACAACAAGAAACUUCAAGAAUCACUUGAGCAGAAUUUGGGGGAGCUUGCAAGACAAAAGCAGCUUCUGGAUAAUGCUAAGGAGGAAAUACAAGCUGUGCAAGAUCAGAAUUCCAAGUUGCUUUUACAAGUCAAAAGUCUCACUAAUGACAAUUGUCAAUUAAAGAGGGACAUUGAGACUAGUGUCCAGUCUCUUUCUGAUGUUUCAGAAGAAAAGAAAAGAUUGGUAAGCAAAAUAUCUGAAGUUGAACUGCAGUUGUUAGAAAGUGUUAAAACAAUAGAAGGCUUGCAGAGGGAUAAGGAAGAGCUAGCUCUCAGAGGAACUGAAUUAAGCAAAGAACUUGAACAAAACAAGCAAUCAAUGGCUGAGAUUUUGUUAGAAAAAGAUGCCAUUGUUAGGCUCUGUGAGACUUUGAGUAGCCAAAAUCAACAAUUGCAAGAAAUGUUUGAGGAGAAACAAAAGGAAGUGCUUACACUGACACAGGUUGUGUCUGAAAUUAAUAGCAAGGUCACAUUAACUCUCAAAGAAAAUGAAGAGCUUGCCUCUAAAAUCAUCAGUCUUGAUGAACAGAACAAGUACCUUCAGAAACAAACAAAUGAACAGAUGAAGUCACUCACAGAAACAACCAAGGAGAGAGAGACUUUACAAAACAAAAUCUUGAUUUUUGAAACGCAAAAUGUGGAAAACCAUAAAAUCAUAGAAGGUUUACUUAAGCAAAAGGAAGAUUUGCUUUUGCAAGUGGAGGAAUACAAAGUUAUUCAACAGAAACAGCAUUCUGGAGCUGAGACCUUACAGAAAAAGUCUUUAGAAUGUGCAGCCCUCUCACAAUGUCUCAGGGAAACCAAGGAGGAAGUAGAUCAUCUUAGGAGAGAACUUGAAUCCUCCACUUCUCAAGUCAUUCAAUACAACCAUAUUGUCCUUGAAAAAGAAAAGAUCUUGACAGACCAAAGUACACAAAUGGAAGCUUAUCAGCACCAAAUCAAGGAAUUACAAAAUAGUCUAUCCAUUCUUCAACAACAAGCUAAUGAACAUAAAUCAGGCCUGACAGAGAAAGUCACGUUGCUGCAGAAAGAAUCAAAUACAUGUCUUUUGCUACAAAAGGAACUUGGUCAUGAAAGAGAACUUGUUUUUACCCUUCAGCAAGAGAUAAGCUCUCUGAAAGUGGACUUGGAAGUGAAAGAAAGCACUUUAAGAGAGAAAAAUCUUGAAUGCCACAAUCACUCAGAGGAAUUGUACAAAAGAAAUGAGUCACUCCUUUCACUAACUAGUCAGCUUGGUAUUAUGAAUACAAAUAUUGUGAAGCUUGAGUCUGAUAAUGCAAAUUUAAAAGACACUUUAGAGAGGCAUUUAACAGAAAAUGUAAGCCUAAAGGAUGAGUUGAGAAAGAAACAAAUGGAGCUUGUCGAAUAUCAGGAUAGUGUUCAGGCAAUGAAUGACCAAAACAUAAUUAAAUCUGAACUGAAGAAUUCAAUGGAAGAAAUAUUUAGACAACAAGAGAUGAUCACUUCUCUACAAAAUGAAUUGGCUAGCAAAAGAGUCGAACUGGCAUCUUUGGUAGAACAGUUCAAAUCGGAGCACUCUCAACUUGAAUCUUUACAACUCGCUCUGCAAGAGAAAGAGGAAGAUUUCAGAACACAGGAAAUGUAUGUUAAUAAGAUGCAGGUCAAACUGCUGGAAAGUGAGGACCAAAUCACUCAGAAACUAACAGUGAUCUCUGAGCUACAUGAAGAGACUCAGAAUUUGCAGACAGCUUUGCAAGACAAAGAUGCUCUGCUGUUAAAUAAAGAUAAAGAGUUUUCUCAGGUUAAGACAACGUUAUUGGCACAAUCAGAGGCAUGUGAAGCCAGACUGAAAUUAGAAAUGGGCGUAAUUGCUAAAUUUCAGGGAGAAAUACAGAGCUUACAAGAGAAUAACAACCAUCUCAUCAGCAUCAUUAAUGAAAAGGAUUCUUUAUUGACGCAGGAGAAAGAAAAAUAUCUGUGCUUACAAGGUACUGCAUCAGAACUGGAAAACACCAUUUCACAAUUGAACUUUCAAAUAGAGCAAUUAGCCUCAGAGAUCACACAACUCAGAGAAAAACAAGCUGAGAAGGAACUAAUCACAUUUGCUGCUCAGUCACAAAUGCAGAAACUGGAUGAACUAUACAAGAAACUUCAAAAGGAAUAUGAUUUGACCAAACAGGAGUUGAUUAAAGUUAUCAAUGAAAAAUCAUUAAAGGAAGAAGAGGUCUGUAAAUUGGUCCUGGAAAAGGAAGAAAUCUGCAGAAAUUCUAGUUAUCAGAUUCAGAGAAUUCAUGACCAGGUACAACAACAAAAGUGGCAAUCCAGCACUAUGAACGAAGUGGAGGAAGUUAAGACAAUGGAGGGAGAGAAACUCCACACCCUGGAGUCCAUGGCUUUGCAGGGUAAAGAUGGGUCUCCAGAUCACUGGGUCCAGUUGCAAAGCCAUCUGCAGCACUAUCAGCUAGAGAUCCAGCAAAGAGAAUCUAGACUCCAACAUCUCAAUAUCAAGUUGCAACAGGCAAUUGAGGAAAAGGAAGAGGUGUCCACCCAGUUGAGCACAGUUUCCAAGAUCCUCAGAGACACACAGCAGACUGUUAGUGAGCUCCAGAAUCGCUGCUAUUUGCUGGAGAGACAACUUCAAAACCAGUAUUCACCCACCCAGGGUUCAGUCUAUGCAGAAGUUCCACCAGGAGCCCCUCAGGAACCAAUCCGUGCCAAUUUCAACCCAGAUGGAUCAGACAGCGGAGACCUCAGGAUGAGGCUGGCUGAGGCAGAGCUUCAUCUGUCUCAGUUAAACUCUAGAUUAGAAGAGGAGAGAUCAAGGAGAGAGGCCGCAGAGGAAGCCAUGCAGUUGACCGAACAGAGAGUUGUGAGCAUGGAGUCAAAACAAUCAUGGCAUUCUCAAAGGGACUUUAGUAUCCAGCUGGAGGAGGAACAGUAUGAAGAGCUUAUUCUACGCCCAAGCCGGCACACGUUCAUGCCUAAGAUGAAGAGUGGGGUUCACCGGUGCCAGCGUUGGCUCAAAGGAAGGAACAUAUACUGCUGUUCCAAACUACUGACAUCCAGGGGAAGGUCACGCUACAUAUUCAUUGGCUACCUUCUUAUGCUUCAUGUGCUGGUUUUCGUGUGCCUCAGUUGGUCUCUCUAGAGAUUUGUCAUCAAAAUCAUAUCUGCACAAAUUGUUGUGAGCAGAGUAAGAGAAGACCCACAAUCCAAACUCUUCCACUUUCUGUUAUGCAUCAAAUAAACAGUGUAUGAAUGUAUCUGUAGUUGCUCACUGGUGUAAAGCAGAAUAGUUGAAGUGUGGUUUUCAUCAACCUUGAACUGAAACUUACUGGUUACAUAAUAAACUUUAACACCAGCAUUUAUAAUGGAGAAACCUCAUGUACAUUGGCAGGUACACAGAUGGACAUUAGACGUUUAUCUGAUUAUCUGUUAUAGCUAUGCACUGAAUUCUUAAAUUUAGUUAAGCAAUUAUGUUUUACCCAUUCUAAUUUAUUUAGUGUUGUAUGUGUGCAGAGAGAAUGUUGAGUUAAUGUUUUAGUGGUAUGCUAAAUGUGCAUAACUUUUAGUAGCCAUUAUAAGCAAGGAAACUUACAUUGUGAGAAGCUUUACAUACAUGUUUUACUAUAAAUCAGAAUAUAUUGCGAUGCAGAAACACUGGAAUUAAAAAUAGUUUCUUUUGAGGGUUGAUUAUUUAUGUGAAAUUUACUUGUAUAAAACUCUCUGAUUUGUUUUCUUGUAGAGCCACGAUGUAAUAUUAUUUGGCAAAGCAGUCACACUACCCUGUUGUGCAAUACUGUGUAUAAAUGGAGUGAUAUAAGAAAAAGAGUGAAUCUUUGUUGAAUUAAACUACUGAGACCUUC